GGGCUAUGAAUUUGACAUCUGUUUAAUUACUUCAAUUUUUCAGUGAAAAAGCACGUACAGAACAUAAAUACUAAUAUAAAAUUAGCAAUGUAAACAGAAAAAUAUUAUAGUAAACUCAGAAAUGAUAAGGCAAUAUCUGAAAUUGAGAAAGACAUUUACAGUCUUUGGCAUACUUUUUUUUCUGCUCCUUUUAUUUUUGAUAUUUUCAAAAGAAAACAGUGGAGUGAACCAAAGAAGCUUCGAUGACAAUAUCCCAAAAAUAAAUGUACAAUUUAAUGAUCUGCCAAAGGCUGAAAAAUUUACAAAACUAAAUAUAAUGGAGGAGAAAAUAGUGGACAGUAACAGCGAGGACACAAAGCGUGAGCUAAAGGAAGCGCGGUCAAGAAUAGACCAGUUAGAAAAAAAAAUUGCUAUUUUAGAGGGCAGAGUGCCGCAGAAGUACCCAGAUGUCAAAUUUCUGGGCUAUAAGGAAAGAAAGAGAAUAUUGGUAACCGGUGGAGCAGGAUUUGUUGGCUCUCACUUGGUAGAUGUACUUAUGACACAAGGUCAUGAAGUAAUUGUAGUAGACAAUUUCUUUACGGGACGUAAACGCAAUGUAGAACAUUGGUUCGGUCACCGUAACUUUGAAAUGAUUCACCAUGAUAUAGUUAAUCCACUUUAUGUAGAGGCAGAUGAAAUAUACCACUUAGCUAGUCCUGCAAGUCCGCCUCAUUACAUGCAAAAUCCAGUUAAGACAAUUAAGACUAAUACUUUAGGAACAAUCAAUAUGUUAGGUUUAGCACGACGAGUUGGAGCUAAGAUACUGAUAGCAAGCACAUCUGAAGUCUAUGGUGACCCCAUGGUGCACCCCCAGCCUGAAUCUUAUUGGGGUCAUGUGAAUCCUAUAGGUCCCCGAGCCUGUUACGAUGAGGGCAAGAGAGUUGCGGAGACGUUAGCGUAUUCGUACGCAAAACAAGAGAAGGUAUCAGUUAGAGUGGCGCGCAUAUUCAAUACGUAUGGACCUCGGAUGCACGUGUCUGACGGACGCGUCGUGUCCAACUUUAUUAUGCAGGCGCUGCAGAAUUUAACUAUUACUGUAUACGGCAACGGGCAGCAGACCCGUUCAUUCUGCUACGUAUCAGAUCUCGUCGAUGGACUGCUGGCUCUGAUGGCGUCCAGCUACACGUUACCUGUCAACCUCGGGAAUCCCGUGGAAAAUACUAUACAAGAAUUCGCAAUGAUAAUCAAGAAUCAAGUGCCAGGCUGCCGGAGUAUGGUGGCGAAGAGUGCGCCCGUGGAGGACGACCCGCAGCGACGCCGGCCCGACAUCACUGUCGCUAAGCAACAUUUACAUUGGGAACCUAAAGUGUCAUUACAAGAUGGCCUGCAGAGAACCAUAGAUUAUUUCAAGGAAGAGUUGUCAAGAACAACAUUCUACAACAAUCAGACCUACAUGAACAUGAAAAGUCAUAAUUAAUUAAGUUACUAAAUCUGUUUAUAUGUGAUAUUUGGGUGCCUGUGUGCAGGAGUGUGUGAAUAACAAUAAGUAUUCGUAAAACUAAUUAUUCUCACUUUUUGUUGUUUAUCACACAACAAUUACAUGGUUACAUGGUUACCCUUAAAUGACAAAAAUGUGUUGUAUAAGUUUAAUUUAUAUUCAUUUGUUUAGUUAAAAUAAAAAUGCACAUCUAGUAAUGUU